AUGACGUUCCAGUUUCCCGUUGCGAGUGGUAAAACAAAGCAAAUACAGGUAUUUGAGUGUCCUACAGAGACAUGGAAAGAGCGUAAACGUUAUGGUCCAAAGAACAAGAAAAAAGAGAAUGAAGUAGAGCUGACGUUACGACAAGAGAUUCGAAAAGAAUUUGAUGACACGUUCGACUCGGUAUUGGAGUUUACUACUUUGAAUCUAAAAGGGAAAGAAAAGAAGAUGAAUGAAGCCAAGAAGAUUGAGGCACUGGGUGGAAAAGCUGCUGCCAAUCGUAAAAUACCGUAUAAAAUACUGAUUGGCAUGAAGACAAAGGGUGUGGCUCGAAAACAGCGACGUGAGGACUUGAUGAAAGAAUCUGACAUGGUGACGGGGAAGCGGAGAUUGAGUCAUAAGUCAAGAGAUCAGCAAAAGAAGAAGAAGACUGAUUACGGCUUGCAGGCUACUAGAGGACGGUUCAAACGCGGCGUGUUGGAUGUGCGUAGUUUGUAA